GGAAUAAUAGUUUAGAAGAAAUAGAGAUAAAGAAUUGUCCUCAUUUAAGAAAUAUUAUUGUUUCUCAUAACCAAAAAAGAGAAGUUGGACCAACUCUGGAAAAACUAACCAUAACUGACUGUCCCGAAGUGAGGGAACUUUACUGCUCUAAUAAUGCUCUUACUGACUUAGAUAUUAGUCAAUUAAACCAGUUAACCGUAUUAUCUUAUAGCGAUAAUAAACUUUCGGAGAGUAAACAAGCAGAGUUAGCGGCAAAAAAUUUACUGGAAAGCAAUCCUACUGGCAUCCCAAUUAAAACCUUUGAUGAUGACUUUUUUAUUGAUAAUGAGGAAAUAAUUGAAAUAGAUAUUUCUAGUGAGUUGGAUGAACUGGUUAUUGAAAAUUGCCCUAAUUUGAAAUUGUUGAGUUUUAGGCAUAAUAGAGUUGGAAUUAUCGAUUUAAGUGGUUUACCUAAUUUAGAGAAUUU